UAGUGACCACACAUACAGCCACGAUCAGUCGGGUUGAUCAUUAACCGGCUAACGGGGGCGGCAGUUGUUGAGUCCAUCCACUAUGCUGCGUAGCCUACAGAAGGUCGAACACAUCUGCCUUCACUCUUAUUUUAAUCAUCUCGUCUUUUAACCCCUUUGGUUUCUCAUCCUCUGCCCCACAUGAGCCAGGCUGGUUGUUUGGAAAUGAAGCUGUGUCUUCUUCUUGUCUUGCUUUGUCUCUGCUGUCUGGGACUGACUGAGGAGCUCACUCCAGCUCCUGAUGUCUCCGGUCCUGCAGUUGAAGAGGAGGAGGUGGAGAAGGAGGUUCUCGGCUGUGGAGGAGGGCGGGUGUUCGGCCCAGAGGACCACAGGGCGAUAGGGGGCGCCAUAGAGCGGCUGGGUUUACGGCUCCUGGAGGAGCUUCUUAUUGGUCCGAAGCACCCAAACGUCGUCCUAUCACCUCUCAGCCUGGCCUUGGCCCUCGCUCAGCUCACCUUAGGUGCUCGGAAUGAGACGGAGAAGCUGCUGCUGGAGAGCCUUCAUGCUCUCCAUCUGCCGUGUUACCAUCACAUACUGGGAGGCCUUCUACCUCAUUUCAGCAACACAUCGUUGGAGGUGGCGACACGCAUGUACCUGAGGCCAGGAUUUGAAGUAAAGUUGCCUUUUGUUGAGGACUCUCUGGCCAGGUACCAAUCAGCACCGGUCCCUCUGGUCUCUGUGGAGGAGGUCAACCAAUGGGUGGAGAACGCCACCAAUGGUCACAUCCCCAACUUCCUGGAGAGUAUUCCACAUGACGUGGUGCUCAUGCUCAUUAACGCUGUGCACUUCAAAGGUGAAUGGCAGACACGUUUUGACCCUCUGGUGACCUCUAAGGGAGUCUUCUACCUGGACAACCAGAACUCCGUCUUGGUGGACAUGAUGAAGUCUGCUCAGUACCCUCUACGCCUGCUGGACGAUCCAGAAAUGGAGGCUCAGGUUGCCAGUUUUCCUUUCAAGGGAAACACCAGCUUCUUAAUCGUCAUGCCUUUGCCCGGCAGAGGAAACGUGUCAUCUGUGCUCCCCAAACUGAACAUCUCCGACCUCUACAGACGCUUACCUCAGGAGGAGACAAUGCAGGUCAACUUACCCAAGGUGAAGCUGCAGUACGGCCAGGAGCUCCAGGACGCGCUGACCAGCAUGGGCCUCGGCUCUCUGUUUUCGGGUCCGGACCUCGCUGGGAUUUCCGACGAGCCUCUGAGGGUCGGAAGCGUCCGCCACGCCAGCACCAUCGAACUCAGCGAGGACGGCGUGGAGGCGUCCGCCACCACCGCCGUGACCUCCAUGCGUUCCGUCUCCCUCUUCUCCGUGAACUCCCCCUUCCUCUUCGCCCUUGUCGACGACGCCACCCUGACCCCGCUCUUCAUGGGCGUCGUUACAAACCCCGCCCCCGACGACGACCCCAUGCUGAACGACGACCCCGGCCGCAACGGCACAGUGAGCGACCAGCUCGCGAUGGAUGACGUCAGGAAAAGAGACACAGAUAGCAAACUCCUCAACAGGUCGUGCAGCGAGACGGAGCCGGCGGAGGGCGGCGGCGUGCAGUCGUGUGGCGCCCUGCAGAGCGAACUGGACAAGAAGACGGAGUAACAACAAGAAGAAAACCGGCUUCAAACCAGACGACUCUGCAGCCGCCUGAAGUUUUCAAUCUUAACAAUAGUUUGGACAUUUUUGGAAAAAUGCUUGAGAUUUAGAUGAGAACAUUGACGCCACCGAAGCUACAGCCAGGACACGGUUAGCUUAGCUUAGCAUAAAGACAGAGGGAAAUAUAUCUAGCCUAGCUCUAGCCAAAGGUAACAAACCUCUAACAGCAACUCUAAAGCUCAACCAAGCCUGUUAGCUUAUGCUAAGCUAACCUAAACUCCUGAUAAGAUGAGAUAAGAAAAGAUAAGAGAGAAUUUUAUUAAUCGCAAAGGAAAUUCGUUUGCCAGAGUUUGAUCAAAGAUAAAACAGAACAAAAAACAAUGGAUAAAAUAUAAAAAUGUAUGAACAACAUAAGAACAAUUAUUAAAUGUCAAAGAAAUAAUACGGACACCAAUGUAAAAUACAACAGAAUAGCAAUAAGGGCAAGGUAAAUAAAUAAAGCAAAAAAAAAAAUACAACUAAUAUAAAAAGUAAAGUUACAACAACACAGUUCAAAAACAAUAAAUAUGUUUAUAAGAGAUAAUAUUCCACUAGUGACCACGACGCCUGAUGGAUGAAGCUUCAUUUUGGCUUCAUGGAUUAAAGUGGUGUCAAUUUUCUCAUCUGCCAGAAAGCAAAGAAGUGAAUUUAUGAAUUUUAAACUUUUUCUGUGCUGCAGAGGAUGAACACCUCAGUUUAGUUUGUGUUGCUCAAAAGGUGGAAAAAUACAAAUGCACAGUCAACAAUCAACAAUUUAAAAUGGUUUAUUGUUUAAGUUUCUGAUGUGAUAAAACUCUUAAAAUACA